GGGAGAUGUCUCAUUAACCCAUUAACCGGGGAGGCUGGGGACGUGCUGGGAGGGGAGCGAGGGAGAAGCCAGGGGUGUCAAAGGCAGAGUGCGGGCAGGGGAGGAGCCGGGCGAGGCAGGCACCGGGAGCAGCUCCUCCGAGCAGCCCGCCUGGGAACGGGACAGGGCGACCGCGGGGACAGACGGCGGCGGCCGCGCGUGGGGCAGCCUUAUCCAGCCCACCAGCUUCUUGCCACCGAUAACCCCUACUCGGGAGCUCCCCGUCCGGUGCUGCACUGCGAGGAUGAAGCGGCUGUGCGAGGAGAGUUCGUCGGACACGGAGUCGGACGGCACUAUCGACGUGGGGCGGGAGGAGGAGUACAGACACGUUUCCAGGUCUGUGUCUCCCACUACGACAUCUCAGAUACAAGCCAGGAAGAAGCGGCGAGGGAUCAUCGAGAAGCGGCGCCGGGACCGCAUCAACAGCAGCCUCUCGGAACUGCGGCGCCUGGUGCCCACUGCCUUCGAGAAGCAGGGCUCUUCUAAGCUGGAGAAGGCAGAGAUCCUACAGAUGACAGUAGAUCACUUAAAAAUGCUUCAUGCCACUGGAGGGACAGGCUUCUUAGACGCCCGAGCCCUGGCUGUGGAUUACAGGAGCAUCGGCUUCCGCGAGUGCCUCACUGAGGUCGUCAGGUACUUGGGUGCCCUCGAGGGCCAAAACGCCGCUGACCCCAUCCGGCUGCGACUCCUCUCCCACCUUAAUAACUACGUGGCAGAAAUGGAGCCUUCGCCUGUGGCCACUUCCCUGCUGCCCAUCCAGACGUGGCCGUGGUCCUUCCUGCACAGCGCUGCUUGUCCGGUGCAGAUGCCCAGGAGGGAGGCUGCUCCCACGCCCCUUGUUUUGACUGCGUCUUCCCUGGCUUACCCAAGCCCUGCCGUGAGGCCAGCCCCGCUUCGCCGUGUCCCCAGUGACAUGCUGCCGUCGCGGCGGAGCUUCCUGGCCGGCAGGAUGGCCUCUUCCAGCCGCAGGGCCCGAGGGCUGAGCUCAUCCGCGGCCGGGGCGGCCGUGCCCAGGAUGCCGUCGCCAGCGAGAGAGGGCUCGUCCAAGAGCAGCCAAAUCGCCACCUUCCUCUUCUCGCCAGCCUCUGCCAGCAUCCCUGUUCCAGCAGCUUACACAGCCCCUCCUGCCCUGGGCACUGCCACGCAGGGACCCGGCAUCAGGGUUGGGACCUCCAGGAUCUGCCGCUCCUGGGCGACUGAAAUUGGGGCUUUCUGACCCACCCUCGCCCUGCUUCCGAGACAGGAAUCCUUCAGCCUAAGAACAAACUCAGCUGAGAAGGCAUCUUUCCUGCUUUGCAGAAGCCAAGGAUCCAUCAAGAAAACUCUCUGUGCUCUCCCCUCCCUCCUAGCACCUCCUGACCACCCCACGGUCUGCCCCUCCUGCUGCCUGCGAACGUAAAUCACCUCCGAUUCGAUGCACUUGUCUGCGGGCGGCUGUGCUCCAGACCCUGCCGGCGACAAGGGAGGGGGCACAGGCAGAUCCCAACCCUCUUCCUCCCCCCGCCCCAGCAAACCCCCUCCACAGUGCCCAGUGUGGCUCUCCUUUGGAAAACAGCCAGCUGAAAUACUGUUUUAUUCCUCGGGGACUCACUCCAGAGCUGCCAGACAGAUUUGCUCACGCUGCUUCCCCAGCUGCAGCACCUGAUUUUGCUGUGGUGGGACAGCCCCUCCCCAGCACUGUUGGCACCCCCCACACUGCAGGCUAGAGCUUCCCCCCUCCUCCCUAAAGCCCCCUUAGUGACCUGCUUGCCUGCUAAUCCCUCUGCUUUCCUUGCUGCCCCACCAGUUUUUCCCACCCCUGUGCCCUUGAGGUGGAGGAGGCAGCAGCAUAGCAGAGUCCAGCCCAGCCAAAACCUUGUCGUGCCCACAGGGCCUGUGCUGGGUCCCUGCACAGACCGGGCAGGAGCAGCUGCCCGGGCACAGGGAGGCUUCUGCAGCUCUGGCUCUGCACCGAGGUGUGAAGCAGAGAGAUGAGGUGAGACAGAGGAUUUCAAAGGGAUGUCUGUCACAGAGGGGCAGGCUCUGAUGGCCAAAGUGAGAAGAAAAGGCCUUUCCCUCUGCCAGUCUCGCUGCUGGAGCUGUCUCUCCUCCAUCCCCUGCUGAACAUCCGUGACUGCAAAGGGGGAGAAUGGAUCAAACCAGCCUGCGUUUGAAGUGCCUCCCUCAUUCUUUUAGCACCACAGCCCUCACCCUCUCCUCCCACAGUGCCUCUGUUUUCUUUCUUCAGCACCAUGUUUUUGGUCUCACAUCACUCAUCCCUCUCCCUGGGCCCGGAACAAAACCCACUGAGGUUGCAGACCUUGGCAAGUUCUGGGUCUCCACUUGUCCUAAUUCCCAAAAGCUUUUUCUGCCUUAGCCUGCGUGCCCCUAGACAAUGCAGCAGAUGCACCUCUGCUCCUCCAGCUGUCCCUUCCCUCUUCUUUGGGUGGAAAGGAACAGAAACUUGAACCUCUCAAGCCACCCUGGUUCUGUGCCAGGUCCCUAACUCCCAUGGUGGCCAGAGCAGGGUGUCUCAGUGCUCUCCCUCAUCUGGACACCUCCCAUUCCCUGCAUCUGUGCCUUGACUUGCUGGGAUACACAAACAGAACAGCCUGGACCUACUUGUUGCAUUCCCACCCCAAGAAGUCUCACCCACCUCUGCAGCACUGUGACAUGAGAGAGGAGUGUGGAAAGGUCAGAGCAAAGACAGGUGAAAAAGGGGAAGAAGGAAUGGGAGAGAUUCUCCUCAAGCCCCAGGUCAAACAUGCAGCUGGUCAGACUGUGUGGAUGAGCUUUUGUCUUCCUGCAGAUCCUUGUCGGGAUGGGUUGGGAGGGAAUGAAUUGAAGUUUGAGGAGGGCAGAUUGAGACUGGAGAUGAGGAAGAAAUUCUUCUCAGUGAGGGUGGGGAGACACUGGAACAGGUUACCCAGAAAGGUUGUGGGUGCCUCCUUCUUGGAGGUGUUCAAGGCCAGGUUGGAUGAGGCCGUGGCCUAGUGGGAAGUGUCCCUGCCCAUGGCAGGGGGGUUGGAACUGGAUGAUCCUUGAGGUCCCUUCCAACCCAAACCAGUCUAUGAAUCUAUGCAUCCCAACUGCCCUGUGCACAUCCACGGCUCUGCUGUUGUUUCGGAAGUGAGUCCCUCCCGGCUGCUCUUAACACAGAAAUGCCUCCACUACUUCUCCUCACCCUUGGCCUUGGAGUGCCAGAGUCAGCCAGGAACAAAAUCCUCCCUUUUAAUACAGCCAGAGAGGAGGUCCUCGUGGCCUCACAGGGUUCCUGCACCGCUGGCACGCUAGAGCUCACAGCUAGUAGCCCUGCCCCACCUCGCGCUGUGCGGAGCUGUUAGAGUCACGAGCUGGGACGCCCAGCCAAGGUGGCAAAUAAAGUCUUUCAAACCCCUGU